AUCAUUCAACCUCCUGGAAGGACGAAUUCACAGUGCAGCGGUUGACGAACACUGGGUGAAGGACAAAAUGGAAAAAGGCUGAAAUAGGAAACUGGCGAACUGACAUUCCAGGAAGAAGAAGAAUCCAGACAGAAGAGCUAAGAUUAUGGAACUCAACUUGUGGCUGCAGUUACACCCCGGGUCGCUCCUGACAGCAGAGUUCAGAAUUGCACUACCAUGUCUGCGGUGGCUUCUCUGCAGUAAGCACACAAAGGUUAUGCUGCCCAAAAGCUGUCUGAGUCCCAGUGAGAAAGAGAAGGGCUAAAGUCGCACAGAUCCACAGCAGCGUUUCCACGUCCUCCCCAGCAGCAGCAGCAGCGCCUCCACUGCGGAGCCAUGAGCAACCCCAGCGCUUCCAAAAAGAUCACAGACGCCGUGGAAGCGGUUAUUCAGAGCCCUGAGGCUCCUGUCGCCUCGUCUCUGACCGGGGCGUCACGCUCAGAAGAAGAGGAUGACGGGGACCUGAACAAAGCCCUGGGGGUCCAGCGCUUCCAGCAGAUCCUGAGCCCGUCUGCGGUCAUACCUGACGAGCAGCACCACACCUACCAUGAAGAGGACAUCGAAUACCACCGUCACUCCUCGCACCACAUCCACCGACCUCUGGCCAAGAUGCUUCCGGAAGGUCGCAGGAAGAAGGGCAGCAAAAAGAGGAAGAAGGACAGGGACCACAAAAGCAGCCAUGCUCCCACUAGUGGUCCCAUCGAGGAAGGGGAGGAUGAGGAGGAGGAGGAAGAGGAGGGGACGGAGAUGACCUCAGCUCCCUCUGAGCCUGAGAAAGUCAAAGAUGUGGAGUUCUUUCUCUCUGAGGACGACCACGUGACCAAAGAACAGGACGUGACUCCGCAGACUGGAGACAGAGUUGACGCUGAGGACGUGUCGUUGACAGAUAAAUCCGUUCCUUCCAGUCCCAUCUUCCUGACGGUGCCACCUGCUCACCCUCAACUAACCCGCGUCUCCAGCCGGGGCUACGACCUACAGGAACGCCGUCGUACGGGCAACAUGACGGGCGCUGAACAAGCCAAGUACCGGGCCAUCCCCACGGACGAGACCGAGGCUCAGACUCUGGCCUCCGCCGAUCUGGACGGCAUCAAAAGUCAUCGUUUUGAGGAUGUUCCCGGGAUGCGCCGACACCUGGUCAGGAAGAGCACCAAGGGUCAGAUUGUCCACACGGGUAAAGACCACAAGGAGCCCACCCUCCGCUCCCGCAAGCAGGACCGAACGCCACACGAGGUGUUUGUGGAGCUGAACGAGCUCACCAUAGACAAGAACCAGGAGAUGCAAUGGAAGGAGACGGCUCGUUGGAUCAAGUUUGAGGAGGACGUGGAGGAGGAGACGGACCGCUGGGGCAAGCCUCACGUGGCUUCGCUGUCUUUCCGCAGUUUGCUGGAGCUCAGAAAGACCAUCUCACAUGGUGCGGUGCUGCUGGACCUGGACCAGAAGACCCUGCCUGGGAUCGCCCACCAGGUGGUGGAGAAGAUGAUCAUCUCUGACCAGAUCAAAGCUGAAGACAGAGCCAACGUCCUGAGGGCUCUGCUGCUGAAACACAGUCACCCGAGUGAUGAGAAAGAGCACAGCAGCCCUUUUCCCAGAAACAUCUCAGCAGCCAGCCUGGGCAGCCUGAUCACACACCACCAUAAUGCCAACCACAGCCACCCGGCAGAGCCGUCAGUGACGGACCCACUCAUGAGCACCAUCCUCGCCCCGGGAGACGUCGACACGCGGAUCGACAUGGAGAAGAACGAGGUCCAACAGAAGGAGCCGACCUUGGUGCCUGGAAUUCCUCGUUCCAAAUCCAAACAUGAGCUAAAGCUGCUGGAGAAGAUUCCUGAAAAUGCGGAGGCCACUGUGGUCCUCGUGGGAAGCGUGGACUUCCUGGAGCAGCCCACCAUGGCGUUUGUUCGUCUGCAGGAGGCGGUGGAGCUGGAGAGCGUUCUGGAGGUUCCUGUUCCUGUCAGGUUCCUCUUUGUUCUGCUGGGACCCCCCACCACCAGCAUGGACUACCACCAGAUCGGUCGCUCCAUCUCCACGCUCAUGUCCGACAAACAAUUCCACGAAGCAGCCUAUCUAGCGGACGACAGGCAGGAUCUGCUUAACGCCAUCAACAGCUUCCUUGACUGCAGCAUCGUGCUGCCGCCGUCCGAGAUGGGCGACGACGAGCUGCUGCGAUCUGUCGCUCGCUUCCAGCGCGAGAUGUUGCGCAAGCGGGAGGAGCGGGAGAUCAAAGAGCUGAAAAGCCUCGAGGAAAAAGAGGCUCUCCUGGCCCCUAGGAAGGAGCCCGACGACCCUCUGCAGCGUACAGGUCGACCCUUUGGCGGCCUGGGGCGAGACGUGAGGCGACGUUACCCGAAGUACGUCAGCGACUUCAAGGAUGCUCUCAACAGUCAGUGCAUGGCCGCUGUGAUCUUCAUCUACUUCGCUGCCCUCUCUCCGGCCAUCACGUUUGGAGGCCUCCUGGGUGAGAAGACCGAUGGGCUGAUGGGCGUUUCCGAGCUGAUCGUGUCCACAUCGGUCCAGGGCGUCAUCUUCUGUUUGCUCGGUGCUCAGCCGCUGCUGAUCGUGGGUUUUUCUGGACCUCUGCUGGUCUUUGAAGAAGCCUUUUACAGUUUCUGUAAAUCCAAUGACAUGGAGUACCUGACCGGACGAGUCUGGAUCGGGUUCUGGCUCGUGGUCAUCGUGAUGCUCACCGUGGCCUUUGAAGGCAGUUUCCUGGUUCGCUUCGUCUCCCGCUUCACCCAGGAGAUCUUCUCCUUCCUCAUCUCCCUCAUCUUCAUCUGCGAGACCUUCAUCAAGCUGGGCAGGAUUUUUAAAGAACACCCCCUGAGGCGCUGCUCGUUAGGGAACGGCACAGGAGAUGGGAACGCCACGGACGCUCUGACCCCGGCGCUGAACAACUCCGUGCCUGGGACUGCGAAGGUCAGAGAUGAACCCAACACGGCUCUGCUCUCUCUGGUCCUGAUGGCCGGGACGUUUUUCAUCGCCUUCUACCUGCGCAAGUUCAAAAACAGCGCCUUCUUUCCUGGACGGUUUCGCAGGAUCAUCGGAGAUUUCGGCGUUCCAAUCGCUAUCCUCAUCAUGGUGCUGGUGGAUUACAGCAUAAAAGACACGUACACGCAAAAACUGAGCGUUCCCAGAGGUUUCUCUGUGACCAGUCGGGACAAACGUGGUUGGCUCAUUAGUCCUCUGGGGACCAACGGGAACUUCCCCAUCUGGAUGAUGUUUGCCUGCUGUCUUCCGGCCUUGCUGGUUUUCAUCCUCAUCUUCAUGGAGACUCAGAUCACCACCCUGAUUGUUAGCAAGAAGGAGCGGAAGCUGGUCAAAGGUUCCGGGUUCCACCUGGACCUGCUGCUGAUCGUGGUUCUGGGCGGCACCUCGGCUCUGUUCGGGCUGCCCUGGAUGGCUGCCGCCACCGUCCGCUCGGUGACUCACGUCAACGCCCUGACGGUCAUGAGCAAAGCCGUGGCACCGGGAGAUAAACCUCGCAUCCAGGAGGUGAAGGAGCAGAGAGUCACGGGACUGCUGGUCUCCAUCAUGGUCGGCCUGUCUAUUGUAAUAGGUGACCUUCUGCGUCAGAUCCCAUUGGCCGUCCUCUUUGGUAUCUUCCUCUACAUGGGUGUGAUGUCUCUGAAUGGCAUCCAGCUGACAGACAGGAUGAUGCUGCUGCUGAUGCCUCCUAAAUAUCACCCCGACCACACCUAUGUCCGCAAGGUGCGAACGCUGCGCAUGCAUCUCUUCACCUGUAUCCAGGUGGUGUGUUUGGCCGUCCUGUGGUCCGUCAUGUCCACGCAGGCCUCUCUGGCUUUUCCCUUCGUCCUCAUCCUCACGGUUCCUGUCAAGAUGUUCCUGCUGCCCCGUAUCUUCACAGUCAGAGAGAUGGCAUGUUUGGACGGGGACGAUGCCGAGCCAAAGUUCGAUGAGCGCGACGGUCACGAUGAGUAUUCUGAGAUGCACAUGCCCGUGUAACAUCAGCUCCAUCUCUGCUGCCUCUGCUGGCCAGACACUGACAUCACUCGCUGCAUCACCGCCCGCAUCUGGAAUACACAGUGAAACGCUCGCCGCAGAAACCUGACGCCACAUCAGCUGUUCACCGCCGGCCUGCGGUCCGAGGUGUGUUCUGGAGGUUCUGGGCUCAAAACUCUCACUAUUUAAUAUUGUUGAAGGACUUAAACUUAAACACGUGUUUCAGGGGGAAAAAUAUUCCAAAAUCCAAUGACAUGAUGCUGCAUUCUAAAAUGAAUUCAUGAACAGUAGAUACAUUUGUUAAUUUUAGCCCUGAAAUGUUGCUCUCAUUCACAUUGAAUAUGUGGAGGAUAUUUGGGAAUACAUUCCUUUAUAAUAUUAUUGUUAUUGUUAUUAUCAAACUCUAGUUCUUGCUGUUCUAGUUUGUAGCGUUUUUGUUUUUUUAAGCUCACCAAGCGCCUUAUGAAGGACAUCCUGUCUGACUGUAGACAUCACUUUACUGCGACCGCCUCCUGAAUGAAGCUCAUAGCACUUU